AUGAACCACUUUGACCUUACUCCAAUUCGUAUCAUGAGGAAACAUUUGUUGAUUCCAUUGUAUAUUACUACUCUCAUCACUUUGACUCAGGCGAAACUACACCAGUAUGAAUUCAACAUCACAUCCACUUAUUUGAACCCAGAUUGCUAUCUUCAAGGCUACUCUGUGCCGCUUGUGAAUGGGCAAUUCCCUGGACCAGCCAUUCAUGUCAAUCAAGGAGAUGAAGUCGAAAUCCUUGUCCGGAAUCUUGUUCAGUCCCAUAACACCAGUAUCCAUUAUCACGGCAUUCGACAGAUCGGAACAGUGGAGGCAGAUGGCGUACCAGGCAUCACGCAGCACGCUAUUUCACCCAACAAUACUUAUUUGCACAAGUUCAAAGUGCAUGAGCAAGCAGGCACGUAUUUUUAUCAUGCGCAUGUGGGGUUACAGGAUGAUUCCGUCAAGGGUGCUUUUAUUGUUUAUGAAUCUGAUAAAGCCAACCCCGCCUCUCAACGAGCCGAGCUUCAGGCAGGUCCUUACAAGUACAAGAAGGAUUUGAUUUUGCAGGUGAGCGAAUGGUGGCAUGACGACCUCAAGAACCGUGAAGAUUACUACUUGAGCGACCAGUUCAGAUUCGACCAUGGAGCUGACAGCAUUCUUAUCAAUGGCCGCACUAUCUUUGAUCCCAAUGUCAGUGGCCUGUCCGAACAGAACUGUCAAGGCUACACCACAUUUGAUGUUGAGCCAAACACUGCAUAUCGCUUGCGCAUCAUUGGAGCAACUACUUUCAGAACAUUGGCUAUAGGUGUCAAGGAUCACAACAUGACAUUGAUUGAAAUCGACGGUGAACUGACACAUCCCUACAAUACGUCCUUCUUGGAAGUGGCCCCAGGUCAACGUUAUUCGGCAUUGCUGCAAACCGGAGAUCACCCACCUGGUACCACAUUUGCUAUUGGUACUAGCUAUGUUUGGCGUCAACGAGGACAUGGUAUUACAGAAAACGGGUUUGGUUAUAUCCGCUACACAGCCCCAUCCAAAAAGACGACUUUGGAUUCAAUGCACACCAACUUGUUUAAGCCAAUCCACAGGUGGGAUCAACAUUCGUUGGAACCUCAUUCUCUUGAACCUCGCGCUGAAUGGCUCGGUGAUUACCAUGACCAAGACUGUCCUUCUAAUUAUCAAGAUCAAGAUCAACAGGUCAAUGUACAAGAUUUUCAUGCCAAGGAUACCAAGGCUGCUCCCAUUGAACCACCAAAGCCUAAGGCUGGAAAUGGCAAGAAGAAGCGAUGCCUUAAGAAAGAUGCUCAAGGUAACAAAGGUGUCCUUAGUGGCCCUGAUGGCCCUGGUGGCCCUAGUGGACAAGGACUCGGCGGCCAAGGUGGUGCUCAAGGCGAACAAGGCGGUCAAGGUGGUGGUCAAGGUGGUGGUCAAGGUGGUGGUCAAGGUCGCCCAGGCGGCCAAGGUCGUCCAGGCGGCCAAGGCGGUGGCAGAGGUGGCGGAGGCGGUGGUGGUCGCCCUUUCAGGGAAGAAAAAAUCUAUGUGGAUCUACCAGCAUUCCCCAAGAUCGAUCAACCAGAUUGGUUCUAUCACAAUAUCAAGCCUUUAGCGCCUCGAAGCCCCAUUCUAGACCACAAAGAUGUACGAACAAUUGAACUUUCCACCAGCUACAUGAAAAUGGACGAUAAUACCACACGCUACAUGGUGAACAACCGUAUCAUAUCUCAAUCCCCCGUGCCUAGAUUACUAAAAUACGAUUCCAGCAAGCAAACCAAGAUGGCAGCCAACCUUGAAUACAACCCUCUUUUAGAUACCUAUCCUAUCAUGGCCAAUGAAACGAUUGAUUUGGUAUUUCAAAACACGGUCAAUGCUGUCGGCGGUUGUUUGAUCCAUCCUUGGCAUACACAUGGUCAUUCUCAUUACUUGAUUGCGUCUGGCGAAGGCAAAUACGAACAUGCGAGAGACAAGGAUAUUCGAAACUUUGAAUUCCCCAUCUUCAGAGACACGACUUCUGCUUAUCCCUCGCUCCCUACGAAUGAUACCGAUGGCUGUGGGUGGACUAAAGUGAGAUUUAUUGCUGACAACCCAGGUUUCUGGGCAGUGCAUUGCCAUAUCACUACACACAUGAUUCAGGGCAAGAUGAUUGUUUUAGAAGAAGCACCUGAAUUGAUUAAAAAAUACCAGCGUUAUAAGAAAUAA